GGGUCCUGCGGAGUUGGCGGAGGCUCCUCAGGGGACUAGGGGACCGAUCUGCGUAGAAGCGGGUGGCGGGGAAGAGGGGAGGAGAUCUCUGAGUAGGAAGCGGAGCCGGGGGCCCAGGACCCGUCGCGUCUGAGCCAGGCAAGUGAACCGGAGCAAACGACUUCCGAUCCAGUCUGCGCUGCUGCGGCUCCCGUUUGGGAUUUGAUUUGCAGCAUCUUCGAGCCUGUGCAACAAAAAAACCGCGAAGCACGCCCAGCCCUCCCCGGCACCCUGUUACGCACCCACUCCCUCCCGGGGACACAGCUGGGCGCGUCCACACCCCCGCACCCCCCACACCAUGUUGUGCGGAAGGACUUCCACUCCCUGCCUCUGUCGUUGAUGUCAGACCCCAGGCCAGCCUCCGGGCGCUGCAGUUCUCCCGGCUAAUGCUGAGGCUGCGGCUCCGGCUCUAGCACAGGAACCAGCCGCAGCCGCCGCGCCCGGCCCCAGCGUCCACCGUCUGCAUGUGCCCGCCGUAGCCUUCUGUCCAGCCCGCAACCCGCGCUCCCCGGAGCGCUGGAGACCACCGCGGGGGGCCCCUUCUGCCCUUGGGAGAAGCGGUCUUGGAGGUAUUGAUCUCGGUGGUUGGAUUUUUCCCGUGGAUCUAUCAGUUCACAAUUUGAAUUUGGAAGAAAGAAGGAAAACAUGACGUCUCCGGCCAAAUUCAAAAAGGAUAAGGAGAUCAUAGCAGAGUACGAUACUCAGGUCAAAGAGAUCCGCGCCCAGCUCACGGAGCAGAUGAAAUGCCUGGAUCAGCAGUGUGAGCUCCGGGUGCAGCUUCUACAGGACCUCCAGGACUUCUUCCGGAAGAAGGCAGAGAUCGAGAUGGACUACUCCCGCAACUUGGAGAAGCUGGCCGAGCGCUUCCUGGCCAAGACGCGCAGCACCAAGGACCAGCAGUUCAAGAAGGAUCAGAAUGUUCUCUCUCCAGUCAACUGCUGGAAUCUCCUCUUAAACCAGGUGAAGCGGGAGAGCAGGGACCACACCACCCUGAGUGACAUCUACCUGAAUAAUAUCAUUCCUCGAUUUGUCCAAGUCAGCGAGGACUCAGGAAGACUCUUUAAAAAGAGUAAAGAAGUCGGCCAGCAGCUCCAAGAUGAUCUGAUGAAGGUCCUGAAUGAGCUCUACUCGGUCAUGAAGACCUAUCACAUGUACAAUGCCGACAGCAUCAGUGCUCAGAGCAAGCUAAAGGAGGCAGAGAAGCAGGAGGAGAAGCAAUUUGGAAAAUCGGUAAAGCAGGAAGACCGGCAGACCCCACGCUCCCCUGACUCCUCGUCCAAUGUCCGCAUUGAAGAGAAGCACGUCCGGAGGAGCUCGGUGAAGAAGAUUGAGAAGAUGAAGGAGAAGCGCCAAGCCAAGUACACAGAGAAUAAGUUGAAGGCCAUUAAAGCCCGGAAUGAGUACUUACUGGCUCUGGAAGCAACCAAUGCAUCUGUCUUCAAAUACUACAUCCACGACCUGUCUGACCUUAUUGAUCAGUGUUGUGACUUAGGCUACCAUGCCAGCCUGAACCGGGCGCUACGCACCUUCCUCUCCGCUGAGCUGAAUCUGGAGCAGUCAAAGCACGAGGGUCUGGAUGCCAUCGAGAAUGCCGUAGAGAACCUGGAUGCCACCAGUGACAAGCAGCGCCUCAUGGAGAUGUACAACAAUGUCUUCUGCCCACCUAUGAAGUUUGAGUUCCAGCCCCACAUGGGGGACAUGGCUUCCCAGCUGUGUGCCCAGCAGCCUGUCCAGAGUGAGCUGGUCCAGAGAUGCCAGCAACUGCAGUCCCGCCUGUCCACUCUGAAGAUUGAGAACGAGGAGGUAAAAAAGACGAUGGAAGCCACUCUCCAGACCAUCCAGGACAUUGUGACUGUUGAGGAUUUUGACGUGUCCGACUGCUUCCAAUACAGCAACUCUAUGGAAUCCGUCAAGUCCACGGUCUCAGAAACCUUCAUGAGCAAGCCCAGCAUUGCUAAGAGGAGAGCCAACCAGCAAGAGACCGAGCAGUUCUAUUUCACGAAAAUGAAGGAGUACCUGGAGGGCAGGAACCUCAUCACCAAGCUACAAGCCAAGCACGACCUUCUCCAGAAAACCCUGGGAGAAAGUCAGCGGACAGAUUGCAGUCUGGCGAGGCGUAGCUCCACCGUGAGGAAGCAGGAUUCCAGCCAGGCAAUUCCUCUGGUGGUAGAAAGCUGUAUCCGGUUUAUCAGCAGACACGGACUACAGCAUGAAGGAAUUUUCCGGGUGUCAGGAUCCCAGGUGGAAGUGAAUGACAUCAAAAACGCCUUUGAGAGAGGAGAGGACCCCCUGGCUGGAGACCAGAAUGACCAUGACAUGGACUCCAUUGCUGGCGUCCUGAAGCUUUACUUCCGGGGCCUAGAACAUCCUCUCUUCCCCAAGGACAUCUUCCACGACCUGAUGGCUUGUGUCACAAUGGACAACCUGCAGGAGAGAGCUCUGCACAUCCGGAAAGUUCUCCUGGUCCUGCCCAAAACCACUCUGAUUAUCAUGAGAUACCUCUUUGCCUUCCUCAAUCAUUUAUCACAGUUCAGUGAAGAGAACAUGAUGGACCCCUACAACCUCGCCAUCUGCUUCGGGCCCUCACUGAUGUCAGUGCCUGAGGGCCACGACCAGGUGUCCUGCCAAGCCCACGUGAACGAGCUGAUCAAAACCACCAUCAUCCAGCAUGAGAACAUCUUCCCAACCUCCAGGGAGCUGGAGGGCCCCGUCUACAGCAGAGGAGGAAGCACGGAGGACUACUGUGACAGCCCUCAUGGAGAGACCACCUCAGCUGAGGACUCAACCCAGGACGUGACCACAGAGCACCACACGAGCGAUGACGAGUGUGAGCCCAUCGAGGCCAUUGCCAAGUUUGACUACGUGGGCCGGACAGCCCGAGAACUGUCCUUCAAGAAGGGGGCAUCCCUGCUGCUUUACCAGCGGGCUUCUGAUGACUGGUGGGAAGGCCGGCACAAUGGCAUCGACGGACUCAUCCCCCAUCAGUACAUCGUGGUCCAAGACACCGAGGACGGUGUCGUGGAGAGGUCCAGUCCCAAGUCUGACAUUGAGGUCAUUUCUGAGCCACCUGAAGAAAAGGUGACAGCCAGAGCGGGGGCCAGCUGUCCCAGUGGGGGUCAUGUAGCCGAUAUUUAUCUUGCAAACAUCAACAACACCUUACAUCUCCAGAACUCAAAGCCCAAGACCACCAAGCAAAGGAAGAGGCCAGAAUCUGGGAGUAUCCGGAAAACAUUUCGGAGCGACAGCCAUGGGCUGAGCAGUUCCCUGACUGACUCAGCCACCCCGGGGGUGGGGGCUAGCUGCCGCCCAUCUUCCCAGCCCAUCAUGAGCCAGAGUCUCCCCAAGGAAGGGCCAGAUAAGUGUUCCAUCAGUGGGCAUGGGAGCCUCAACUCCAUCAGCCGCCACUCGUCCCUGAAGAAUCGGCUGGACAGUCCACAGAUCCGGAAGACAGUGACAGCAGGGAGGUCAAAGAGCUUCAAUAACCAUCGGCCCGUGGACCCUGAGGUCAUUGCACAGGAUAUUGAGGCAACUAUGAACUCUGCCCUGAACGAGCUCCGGGAGCUCGAGCGGCAGAGCAGUGUCAAGCACACUCCUGAUGUGGUUCUGGACACCUUGGAGCCCCUCAAAACCUCCCCAGUGGUGGCCCCCACAUCGGAGCCCUCCAGCCCCCUGCACACCCAGCUCCUCAAGGACCCCGAGCCCGCCUUCCAGCGCAGUGCCAGCACUGCCGGGGACAUCGCCUGCGCCUUCCGGCCUGUCAAGUCAGUCAAGAUGGCUGCCCCAGUCAAGCCGCCAGCCACACGACCCAAGCCCACAGUCUUCCCCAAAACAAACGCCACUAGCCCUGGUGUCAACUCAUCAUCUUCCCCACAGUCCACUGACAAGUCUUGUACUGUCUGAGGGAUGUAAUUUAAUUGUUCUAGACAAGGGGACUGGAGGGACUGACUGUUAUUAAAAAAAAUCUUCCUAUUUAACUAGCUUGGGGACUUCAGUUGAAAAUUAGAUUCUAAGUUGUUCUUGCAGGAAUUAGCCUUCCCAUCACCCAAAACCUUGAGAAUGAAGCCCUCGUUAUCACCCUGCCCUGCCCUUCCCACUGCCCUCUGCUUCUCCCCGUCGUCGUAAUCCAGCCAGCCGCAGUACAUACUGUUCUUAGGUUAGCCAGAGAUAGGUUUUUCCAUUAUCAGGUCACUGUGAAAUCUGGCACGGCGAGUCACGAGGACACGGGCUCACGUCUCCGUCCCCUCAGACACAGGGGAUGCCUGACCAGAUGGUUGGCUGCUGAAAGCCAGCUCUCAGUGGCAUCUUGUUUUGGGUACUGACUAUAGAGAACCAUAUAUAGUCCAUUCUUCGUUUUACACACACACACACACACACACACACACACACACACACACAGGUUUUUUUUCUAGUCUCUGGCAUGUGGAGCCUCUCCUGGUCCCAGACCAGUCUCUUUGUAACUUAUUGUGGCAGUUCACACAAGAGCCACCAGGGGUCUCUGUUUCUGUUACAAAUCUUGUUCUGUCUGGGCCAGAGAACCUAGCCUUUGAAAUCUCUCCAUCAUAAAAAAUUGAGCAGGAUGCGACUGGAUCCUGCAAUCUGUCUGGGGUUGGGGGCUUUCUCUCUGUCUUCUCUCUGUUGGUGUGAACUGGUCAUUGGUGUUUGCUUUUGCUCUCCUCCAUCCUCUAAGAAUACAACUCAGUCUUUUUAUAGAACUUCUGAAGUUUUUCUGAAUGUAUAGACAUUUCUCGGGUUCCUGUCUUUGUCUCUGAUGGGCCAUUUUCCAUUUAAGACACUUUCCUGUAUAAGACAGUUUUAUAGCUGGUUCCUUUUAGGGUAAAGAGUCUUAAGAGAGUUUUACUGUGUUUAUGGCAGGUUUGGAAAAGGUGAGAAAUAGGUCCUUCUUCCACUGUUUUUGAGCAUUUAAGACAAAAUUCAUUAUCUUAUUCAAAAAUUAAAUUCAGCUUUGCUAACCCCCAAAUUGUUCCC